UUCGUACCAUUUGUCCCGUUUGUCCCGUUUGUUUCUCCCUUGUAAAACUUCUCAAACUUGUACUUUUCCUCUCGCUCCCAAUAUUUAUUGAAACCCACACCUUCACAGACCUCAGAAUAGCUCAGGAUAACGGGAGGAGCACCAAUGGUCAUGCUCUUCUUCAGGUUCUCCAAAGUUUCGCGAAUGCUUCGCAGCUUAGCAGCUACCAAUGUCCAAGGAUACGCGACAGCACAGAAACCCAGCUCAGCAAGGUCUUUGGCAGACAGGUUUUCAGUCUUUCCUCCCUCGAUGAUAUUUGCGAAAAUCGGAGCUCCAACCUCCUUCACAGCCUUGCGCAUAGCUUCUUGGUCUGGAAUUGCCUCGAUAAAGACUGCGUCGACACCGAUACGAACGAACUCUUUCGCUCUGGCGAUAGCCUCAUCCCAACCAAGAAUCAGGGAGUCUGUACGAGCAAGAACAAAGAUGUCGAGACCUUCAUCACGAGCAUCACAAGCUGCCUGAAUGCGAGCAAAGGCUUCGCCUCUGCCUACAACGGCUUUCCCUUUGGUGUGGCCGCAUCCUAAUUCGAAGUGUUAACAGGUGUCGCAGGCAUAGGCGAAAAUAAAAAGGGGCUCGCUUACGCUUCGGCCAAGUCUGAUCCUCAAUCAUAACACCAGCUGCACCAGCCGUAGCGUAACACUCUACGGUCCUCUUGACAUUCAUAGGACUUCCAUAUCCAGUAUCUCCAUCAGCCAUGACUGGAACGCUGACUUGGCGAACGACAUUCUGGAUUGUGUCACACAUCUCCUGACAAGCGAUGUACCCGGUAUCAGGAAGGCCGUAUGCGCUUGACACAGGGUAGCCCGCGAGGAAGCACAUUGGAAAGCCCGCUUCUUCUACUAAGCGUGAGCUGAGACCGUCGUAAGUGCAGGCAUGGGCAAGGAUUUUGGUGGGAUCGUUAUGUGCUUCAAUCAUCAUGGUUCGUAGUCGAGAAGCCUGGAUGGAGGGAAUGCGGCCGCGGACAUUGGGUAGUGAGAGGGUAGUUUGAGUGAGUUGACCAGUCUUUCCGCCUUUGGUUGGGACCGGCGAGUCGAACUUGAAGGGGUAUUCCACGGUGUUGACAAUUGAUUUGGACAUAUUGAUUAUGUUUUUUUAGGAGGACUGGGAGUGCAAAAGAUUCCUUUCAAGGCAGGAAGACACUUAGAGGCAGGAGGAUAGUCGAUGACUGACAAGAGAUGAGAUAGGAUUUCGAGGAAUUAGAGGCGCUUAUAUACUGCUUUCAACGAGCAUGUAUUCAACCAAGCUGGGUCCAUAAAGCCAACGCCUCCGCGCAACCCCGCAACCCCGCAAGCCUCCCCGGCGACAAUUGCCCUUUGCAUCAGUCCUUUUCGGUGCGGGAUAAGCUGUUUUUCUUCAUUCUAGACUUGCGAUCGUCAAUGCCUGGCACAAAAAUUCUUGAGAGCCAAGCUGCCAUGCGUAUCAAGCUCCGCCAGGUUCCGAACUUCUCCUGAAGUAGCCGGCGGAUAGGGCGGGGAAGCCACGGCAGGCUACGGAACAUCCACUGCGUCUGCAAACCCCCAUUCUCGACACUCUGCCGCCGCCUCAGUCUGGAAUCUGGGGAAAUCUGGGGUUGGCCCCAACAAGGAAGUUUGAAGCUAAGCUAUCCCAUCACUCUGGUGUCUAUAAGUUGAGCCAGAUCCAGCUCUAGAUGAAGAUCAUUGCAACAUCAUCAGGUUUGUGUUCGCACGACACCGCGAUAAUAGUCUGGCGAGCACUAUAGCUUUUUCAACGCCUCAACAAUAAAUACCCUCAAACGUCGCUUCAAAAAUGUCCGUUCAACAAGACUGGUCUAAUCAUAAGAUCAACUCACAUCAAAUCGAGGAUGUCGAUUCAAUGGAGAAAGGCCCCCAAGAACCCAUUUCCCAAUCCCAUGUCCCCGCUGACGUCCAGAAGAGGAUCAGACAUCAGUUUGAUAGGCAUGUUUUGCCUCUCGUGUGCUCUCUGUACGUCCUGUCAUAUCUCGACAGAGGCAACAUCGGAAAUGCAAAGACAGCUGGGGCACAAGUUGCUUUAGGCCUCGAUAGUGUUCAGUGGACUUGGGUUCUCAAUGCAUUCUACAUCUGCUAUGUCUUGUUUGAAUGGACCACCCUCUUGUGGAAAAUAUUCCCGGCUCAUAUUUACGUCGCGGCUCUAUGCGUUUUUUGGGGGUCCGCUGCAAUGUGCUCUGGAUUCGUCAACAACAUGGCUGGGCUUGUAGCUUGCAGAAGUCUCCUCGGUGUUUUCGAGGCUGGCUUUGGCGCCGGAGCUCCAUACUACCUCUCCCUCUUCUAUCAGAGACGCGAACUCGGUCUCAGAGUCUCUGUGCUCCUUGGAAUGUCGCCCUUGGCAAACAGCUUUGCUUCAGCCCUCGCAUACGGCAUUACCCAUAUCGAAACAUCCUGGGGGUCUUGGAGAUAUUUGUUCAUCAUCGAGGGCAUCCCAACCAUUGUAUUCGCUCCUGUGGUCUACUUCUUCCUCGCCGACUCCCCAGGAACAGCCAAGUUCCUCUCUUCAGAAGACCAGACGACUGCUAUUGAGCGACUUCAGACACGAGACACAACCGCCAAAAGUAAGGUCCAUUGGAAGCAAUUCUUUGCUGGCCUUGCCGACUACCAAAACUAUGUUCAUACCGCCAUACACUUUUGCUGCAACUAUUCAUUCGCUGGACUGUCCAAUUUCCUGCCCACUAUCGUAAAUGAUAUGGGCUAUACAAGCAUCCAAGCACAGGGACUCACUGCACCACCAUACUUUGUUGCCUUCCUUUGCUGUGUGGCGGCUGCUUUCACGUCCGACAGAUAUGGAAUGCGUGGUUACAUCGUUGCUGGUUUUGCAACUGUGGGCAUGGUCGGCUACUUGUUGCUCGUUCUCGUAAAAGAUGAGUUUAGCACUGGUCCUAGAUAUCUUGGUGUUUGGCUUGCAUGCUGUGGCGUCUUUCCCGCUCUCGCAAUCAACAUCACUUGGCUUUUGAACAACCAGGGAGGAGAUUCAAAGCGUGGCGCUGGACUUGCGAUCCUUGCCAUCGUUGGUCAAUGCAGUUCAUUUGUUAGCUCUGCUGUGUUUCCUAAGACUGCCGGCCCUCGCUAUGCCCUUGGCUGCUCCCUUGGUGCUGGAUUUACUGGUCUGAUUGUCCUUCUCGCUUUGGGGCUCCACCUCAAGCUCAGCGCCGAAAACAGAAAAAGAGAUAGGAUCCACGGUCCCGUUGACCCGGACGAGCACAUCGACGUCAGUGCUCUUGGUGAUCAACACCCGAAAUUCAGAUACUUAACAUGAUCCAUACACCUACGGGAUUGAUUCGUUGAGUGAAAUAAGCUGCACUUAUGUCGCGCUCAAUCCGCCGUCUAGAAGCUGACAUGAGUUGGUACAUACUAGGGCUUGCUUGUGGUAUUUCUUUCUAGAACUAUUUGGUGGGUGUUUUGGUUGAAAGUUUACAGUUAUUGACGGACAUGAAGAUCAAGUGCUGAGCUCGGUCCGGAUAACUGGUGCUGUUAGAGUUUUUUUGGGCUUUGACACCUCCAUUGGAAGCUGCUUCUUGUAUAUACAAAAAAAAAUUGGUCAGAAAACGGU